GCAGCAUUUAUGACCGCAUGCAUUGGCCAUCCACACACAUAUUUACACGUUUAGCUCUAGUUCUCACAACGGUCCCAAGAUCGAAUGGGCGGCCUACACGACAACCGUUCGAGCUGAGGCAUGCUUGAUCGACUUGCGAGGCUCGAGGGCGACCACAUACGGCGGCAAGACAUCGCGCGGGCCAAAAUAGUACUGGCUACAGUCGUCGCGCCGGACGCUUGGACCGUACACGUCGACUUGGGUGGCGAGUUGGGCAAUCGUGCAGCUGGAGCAGCAGCACGAAACGACAAAGUCUCCGGCAAAGUUGCCCGCAAGGUGCAUUUUCGCACGGCCGUAGAAUCGCAGGUACGCCACCAACAACGCCCACGUUCCCCAGCAGUAGAUCGGGAGGUCAUGUACCUGCACAAAGUACAACGGAACGGUCUCAAAAUCCACGAAGGCAGGCCAGUGGGCCUGUUUAACUUCGCAGACCGCGAGUACUGUAGCUGCCAUGGCUACAUGGAGAAUGAUGCCGAGCCACAGCACGACAUAAUAUGCGCCGAGUCCACUAAACCGAGAUGCGAUUUGGGCCAACGGCGCGCAUGGACACAGCAGCGCCAUCAACCACGCUACAAAGACGAUUAAGGCUGAGUACGUUGGUGAAAUGCAUGGCGUACAGAGUUUCGCUGACGCAGUGGUCGAGCCACACUCACACAACCCGAGCUUCCACGAUUUGGCUGUACCAAACGGCAGCGGAGACAGCACCGACGCGAACAGGGGCGUCGACUCGGCCAUGUCGUCGCCCUUUUUCGACGGCAGCAAUCACACCAUACCUGGCGACCCUUCGGCCAUCCUCGCGUGCUGUCCAUGAAUGUGAAUCCCAAC